AUGGACCGUCUGAAGUUAGUUUUGCAGUAUUUCCAGUCCAAUUCAGAAUCUAUCUCUAAUGGGAUUUGCGUCCUCCUCGCUUUGGUCAGUGUCAAGCUGUACACCAGCUUUGAUUUUAACUGUCCGUGCCUUCCUCAGUACAACAAAUUGUACUCUUUAGGAGUUAUGGUCGUUCCGCCCGUUAUCCUUUUCUUCCUGGGGGUCCUGGUCAACCGACAUACAGGGGUCAUGAUGGAUGAGUGGAUGCGACCUGUAGGAAAACGGUCGAAAAAUCCAGCUGUCGUAAAGUAUUUGUUCUCGGCCAUGAUCCAGAGGGCCUUACUUGCACCAAUGGUUUGGAUCCUAGUCACCUUGCUGGAUGGAAAAAUAUUCAUCUGUGCCUUCAGUGUGAGUGUCGAUCCUGUACUAUUUUCAGGUAUGCCAAACAACACUGGACUGGAUGUGAUCAAAAUCAUGGCUAAAGUGCCCUGCAAGGAGGACAUCAUCUUCAGGAAUCGCUCCUUCCAUAAAGCAGUAUCUCGUUAUGUUCGCUGCUAUUCACAAGCAGUUGGCUGGUCCAUUCUCCUUUUCCUGAUUGCACUGGGAGCAAUGGGACGGCUCCUCAAGCCUUGUUUUGAGAACCAUGCCACCUUCCUGCAGACACGUUACUGGAGCAACUAUCUCGACGUAGAGCAGAAGCUAUUUGAUGAGACAUGUGUGCUCCAUGCUCGAGACUUCGCCCGGACAUGUGUUGUGCAGUUUUUUGAAGACAUGAGGGAGGAUGUUGAAUUCUGUUCCCCACAUCCUCAAUUCAUUAAACACUUCUCAGCGGAGUGGGAAAAGGAAGAGCAGGAAAGACUUCAUGGGAUUAUAAAGCAAGAGCAAGUGGACAACCUGCUUAAAAAAUGGUACUUCAGUAAACCUGAACUGGAUGUUACCAAAACCAUCCAGAAGCCCAGGAUGUGUGCUACAUGCAUGGAAGAAAUAGGAAAUCUUUAA